AUGCCAAGACGACCAAUUGUGCCAAAUAAGCAAGCAAUCCUUAGUGCAUGUUUGCUGGUAGUUUGUUCGCUGCUGCUGAUAUUUACUUGUGUGCAUGUUACCUUUGUUGUAGGGUCUUCAUCAAGUAGUGGUGGUAAUGGAACGUUGAGAGAAUGGUUGGGUGACUUGAAUGAGCAAGCUGCUAGAUUACAAUCCACAGCUUUAAAAUUACAAGUUGCCAUUGCAGUUUUAAGUAAUUCUAACAAUACGGAAUCAAUCUUAACGAUAAGAAGUGCUCAAUUGAAGAAAAUUACUCAAGCUCUUAAUCUUAUCAAUCAAGAAAUUGUAAUUGUUAAUAGUGCUUGUAGUAAUUAUGAUGGACCUGAUUGUAACAUUCCUAUCUGUGAUUCAAAAUGUUUGAAUUGCUCAUCACCAGGAAAAUGUGUUUCUUGUUCAGGUAAUUGGACUGGACCUUCAUGUUCAAUUCCAGUGUGUGAUUCCAAAUGUUUGAACUGUACAUCACCUGGAAACUGUUCAGUAUGCUCUGGAAAUUGGAAUGGUACAACUUGUUCUACUUGUAAAAGUGGAUGGACUGGAACAAAUUGCGUAAACCAAACAGCAAUAUUAACCUCUGCUCAAAUGACAAGAUUUUCCAAUGAAAUAUUGAACAUGCCAAACUCUUUUACCAAAUUGCUUUUCAAGGCAUCCAGAGAUGGCUUUGCAGGAGAUAAAUUCCACUCGAAAUGUGAUAAUAAGGGUGCAACUGUUGUAAUUGUCAAGGCACAGUCGGGAGCAAUAUUUGGAGGUUAUACCAGUGUUUCAUGGAAUGUUCAAAAUUCUGGCUAUGUAUCAGACAAGUCAGCAUUUCUAUUUAGUUUAGUUUCUUCUACUGGAGUGGAAAGAUUUGCCAAAUUACCUCAACAAUAUUCAGAUUUCUAUAAGAGUGGGAAAACAAAUGGUGAAUAUGCAACAUAUCAAGUAUCAGGUCUGGGACCAACAUUUGGAGGAGGACAUGACUUAUUUAUUUCAAAUAAUUGCAACUCUAACUCUCUUAGUACUUCAAAUCUUUGUGCUUCCUAUUGUGAUGCAACAAUGUCAGUUAGUUCCACAACAGCAAAUGCAUACCUGGCAGGCACAAAAAAUUUCCAGGUUGAAGAUUAUGAAGUGUAUAAUUUGUAA